AGUAAAAGCCAGUAGCAAAUUUACCAGCCUGUCAUUUACUUACCAACCCUAACAAUGUCAUGAAGAAGGAAAAACCCCACUAGUUCUUGUUAUAAAUUAAGAGAAGUUCAACUUGGCCAUUCAUUCUCAUAAAUCUAAGCUUCAGAGAGUCCAACUAGCCCCAAACACCAGCCAUGAGCUCUGCUCGGACACCACAUGCGCUCAUUCUACCUUAUCCUGCACAGGGCCAUAUCGUUCCAAUGAUGGAGCUCUCUUAUCGUCUCAUUGAGCGUGGAGUCCGCAUAACGUUCAUCAACACACACUUUAACCACAAUCGUAUUUUCGCUACAAAGGCGUCUGGCCAAGCUACGUUUAUUGGCGAGGAGAUUGAUGGAAUCAAUUUUGUGGCGAUCCCCGACGGCCUUGAACCGGAAGAUGAUCGGCACGACUUCGGGGGGCUCACGCAAUCCUUGAUGAAAGUGAUGCCAACUUUGUUAGAAGAAUUGAUUAGAGAUAAUGGUGGAGAGUUCACCUGCUUUGUUGCAGAUAUCAACAUGGCUUGGGCUCUCAAGAUCGGCAAGAAUUUGGGGCUUCGGACGGCUGCCUUUUGGCCUGCAGCAGCAGCAGCUGGACUUCUUGACGCUAUAUUUAGCAUCCCCGAGCUCAUUCAAAAUGGAGUCAUUGAUGAACAUGGGGCGCUAAUGAAGAAGGAAGUUAUCCAGUUGAACCCAGGAAUUACUCCCUUGGACUCAGCCAACCUCCCCUGGCAUUGCUUUGAUGAUGCAUAUACAAAAGUAAUAAUCUUCAACUACUUGAUUACCAAUAACCAAGCAACUUCUAACGCUGAGAUGAUGAUAUGCAAUAGCUUUGAGGAGCUUGAAAAGCCUAUCUUCAGCAAAAUACCACACAUUUUACCUGUAGGGCCACUUGAUUCAAAAUUUGAAUCAAGAGAUCUUAAUUUAUGUCAGCUUUGGCCUGAGGAUAAGCAGUGCAUUGCUUGGCUUGACAAACAAUCAACAAAUUCUGUUAUUUAUGUGGCUUUUGGCAGCAUCACUAUCUUUAAUAACAAACAAUUUCAAGAGCUAGCACUUGGUCUCGAGCUCACUGGUCGGCCAUUCUUAUGGGUGGUAAGGCCAGACCUUACUAAUAAAACUGUUAAUUGCACUUUUCCGUUAGGGUUUGAAGAAAGAGUUGCAAAUCGAGGAAGAAUGGUUGGUUGGUCUCCUCAACAUAAGGUUUUGAAGCAUCCUGCAAUUGCUUGUUUUGUGUCACAUUGUGGUUGGAACUCAACCAUAGAAGGAUUGAGAAAUGGAGUGCCCUUUCUUUGUUUUCCAUAUUUUUGUGACCAAUUGUUCAACCAAAAAUAUAUAACUGAUGUUUGGAGGAUAGGUUUGAGCUUGACUCGUGAUGAGAAUGGACUUAUUUCCAAAGAGGAAGUUAGAUCAAAAGUGGAGGAGUUGCUCAAGGACACAAAUAUUAUCACAAAAUCCCUGAGUUUGAAGCAGUUAGCUAGCAGCAGUGUUAUGGAAGGAGGGUCAUCUCUUAAGAACCUCAACAAAUUUGCAGAAUUUUUAAGAGAAAAUCAAGUCAAGGAGGUUCAAAAAUUGGUUUGAAUAGUUAGUUUGAAUGAACCAUGGAGAUAAGAAUAGAGAAUAAAGUUGGGUGAUUUGUUGGUGUGAGUUACUAGUGGGAUGAGUAUUGCUAUAUUUUCUAUGACUUGCAACUCAUAUUGUAAGUGCUCUCUUUAAUGCCAAGUGGAUUAUUUUAUAAAACAUCAGAGGAUUUUAUCUUUAAGUAAAAAUUUAGAUAAGAUAUCAAUACUUUG